UGGUUUUACGGCAGCUGCCUCUGGGCGUGUCGGCAGAAGGAGACGAAGAAGAAGAAGAAAGUGCCAACAUGGCGUUUACUCUGUACUCCCUCAUCCAGUGCGCGAUUCUCUGCGUUAACGCCAUCGCUGUGCUGCACGAGGAGCGGUUCCUCAGCAAGAUCGGCUGGGGCGUGGACCAGGGAGUCGGAGGUUUUGGGGACGAUCCAGGAGUCAAAGCCCAGAUCCUCAAUCUCAUCCGCUCGGUCCGGACGAUCAUGAGAGUGCCGUUAAUAAUCGUGAAUUCCGGCUGCAUUGUCCUCUUGCUGCUGUUUGGUUAACACCAGCACCAAAUCUGUGGACCGGACACGAGCCAACGAACAACUACACACAGACGCACAGUAAAAUGUGUGUAAUCGAGAGACUUCUGCCAUUGCUGCUCUUCAGCAGCGCGGAGCAGAGGAAAAGAAGAAGCAGAGACAAACAUGUUCAGAGCUGAAACAUUAGAGGAUUCAAAGUCAACAUCGCAACGUGUAUCAGCCGCUGACCUCCCUGUUGUCAGCGAGACGCCACGUGGACCAGACCUAAAAGUAAUGUGUGUUUUACAUGUUUCAUCACAGACACAUUGAAGUGAAUCUGUUUUAGUGAUUUCAUGAUAAUAUAAGUCAUGUUUUAUUUUAGAGUUACAGAGGUACUGCUACUUUUUAUAGAUAUGACAAAUGUCAGCAGCAGUAUUUCCUGUUUCACUUCACACACACACACUGUGUCGAUGAGAUUGACUCUGUAACGAAGCAGAUUUCAGUGUUCAGAUCUGCUUCCUACCAGCUAAAGGUGCUUUUAGAUGAUGUUUGGAGAUCUUAAAUUAUGCUGCUGCCAAAAUUUCUACCUGCAAUAUUUGUCACUUGAACAGUUUUUGUAAACCAUCUUUAACAGACAGGAGGAGAUAUUCACGAUUUGUGGAAAACUCUCUUCCUGUAAAGUUUUUCCUACUCGUCGUCCUGCAGAACUUUGGUGGAUAAGAGUUGAAUGCUCAGUGUUUUUAUCUCUUCUGUUAGAGUUUGAUUGAAUGUGUCAUGUGAACUUGAAGCAAUACGGCCAAACACAACUCAAAACAUUUUACCUUUGUACUGUUUACACAUAAGUACCGUCUCAAUGUCACAGACAUUACUGAGAUGGUAUCUUGAAAUAUUAAAAUCAUUAUUUACUGUAA